CUUUCUUUUAUCAAAUAUUCGUUUUCAUAUCCCUGUCGUUACUUCUGCCCUUCAUGCCGGGCAUCAGAUCUCUGUUACUUGGCGUGUUGUCGGCAUGGGUGGUCGCCGGGCAUAACCUUCGGGCGAACAACAUCAGCACAGGCUACCGGAUCGAUGUUCACUCUCAUGUCAUUCCUCCGGUUUGGAGAGAGGCCCUGAUUGCUGCUGGCUACCCUGUGAAAAAUGGAACGAUGUAUACUGACGAUUUCCCGGUGCCCGACUGGACGCUGGAAUCACACCUGGCCACGAUGGACACCUUGGGCAUCAACUUUUCGACCAUCAGCGUGAGUGCUCCCGGGGUCUACUUCCUCAAUGAUCCUAAGGAGGCACAUGCACUCGCCCGCACCGUCAAUCUUGCCAUGCAUAAUUACACCCAGGCUCACCCGACUCGACUGGGGGCGCUUUGCCUGUUGCCCCUUCCGCAUGUGGAAGAAUCGGUAGCCGAACUGAAGUUUUGCCUCGAUACGCUCAAGUUCCCCGGUGUGGGCAUGUAUACUAACGCCAACGGUACCUACCUUGGCGACUCGACUCUCAGUCCCGUAUUUUCAGUUUUGAAUGAGAGACAGGCCACCGUGUUUGUUCAUCCAGCAGCUCCGGGAUGUCAGUCUGUGAGCUUGGGCUACCCGUUCCCUUUGACGGAGUACCCGUUUGACAGCGUGCGGGCGAUGGAGAAUCUGUUGUUGACUGGCCAGCGCGCUAAGAACCCCGAUCUCAAGAUGAUAUUUGCCCACGGCGGGGGCGCAAUGCCCUAUCUGGCCAGCCGUAUUGCUGGAAUGGCGUCCAUGUCGUUGCUGGGGUCUCUAAAUAUGACCAAGUCCCUGGCGGAGCUUGCAGGUUAUUACUUUGACACGGCCUCUGCCACCUCAGCAAUUCAACUCGCUGCCAUGAAAAGCUUCAUUGGGGUGGACCAGAUUCUGACUGGAACAGAUUACCCGUAUGUUCCCCUUUCACAGAGCGAGGCCGCGCUCCCUGCCAUUCAGAACAACGGCGAAUUCACUGAUGCCGAGAUGGCGCGCAUCAACCACCAGAAUGCGCUUCAACUGUUUCCUCGGGUUGCCAAGGUGUUGGGCUAUUGAAGCCCCAGUAGUCCAGCACAGUUCUGGGACUGUCUCUUUGUCGCCUGGUAGCCUGAGUCUGCAGUCCAAUAGAUGAUUCCGAUAGUCUAGUGUGCCACACCCAGUGGUAAUGCCGUCUUUUCCGACUGGACUCGGCGAUUUGGGUCAAUUCCAUACAUGAGAUUGUGGAAGUUCGAUGCAAGAAACCGGAGGCUAUCGGGCGAAGAUGUCAGAAAUUUCCCCACAGUAUAUAUUUCUAUCGCCGGACAGUGUAGGGUCGAUAAUUGUAGCACUCAAUCUCGGGCCUAAACGUGUCCAAUAAUACUCAAAUGAAGGAUUG